AUGAAGCAUUCAUCGGAGCAUCUUUCGCGACUCCAGACUCCGCUACGGUCGCGUCAAAAACGCAACCAGGUCGCCAGAGCAUGCGAUGAGUGCCGUCUCCGCCGGGUAAAAUGCGACAGCUUCUCUCCAUGCUCCAAUUGCAAAACCAGGGGCAGCAAAUGCACCAAUAAUGCCAACAAGAUCAUAUCCCUGCCACAUGCACACCAAGAAAUCGAUAACCUUAGAAGCCGAGUUGAAGACCUGCAGCGCGAACUGCAGCAACUGCGCCAACAGACCGAUAAACAAUCCCAAAUCCCGUCCCCGGUGACAAGUGUACCCACGCCGGAGCUUUCUGUUUCUGAAAGCAUCCACUCUAACAACGAUGGAGUCUCACGAGGAACAAACUGGAGUGGUAUUCACUUUAGGACUGCCCGCUCGCCCAACGAGACAUGGUAUGGUCCAUCGUCGCUCUUCUAUUUCAUGGGGCGCAUCACGAAUUUUCUGAACCUUAAUCUCGAUCAAGCCCAGUCGAAAGAUCAGAUGGUGCCCGACUCCGUCAGUAGGCAACUAUCUGGCCCCUUGACUGGUUUCGAAAAUCGAUUAAGAAACGGAAUCGAAGACGGCCAUUACCUGACUCCAACCCAAGAGGACUACUUUCUAGAAUCAUAUUGGAGCUCUUACCAUACUUCUCUGUUUCCAAUCAUCGACGAAAACGAGUUCAAGCAACACUAUCGAACAUUGUGGACGACCGAUGGAAAUGCGCGAAAAGACUCGGCUCUCGUUGAUAUUGUGAUUGCACUGGGCAUGCAGUACGGCAUGUCAAUCCUCCCGAAUAUGAAACACCAACUAGCAGAUGACUUCGAUGCCACUAUUGCCGGUCGAUGGUACUAUCGACGAUGUCAGACAUUACUCGCCUACGAAGUGGAAAGUCCUACUUUGGCGACCUUGCAGUGCCAUCUGUUAUGUUCGGUAUUUCUAUGUUCGGCUUCUUUUCAGAACACCUCGGACAGUACGUGUGCUAUGGCUAUGCGUACAGCUCACAUGCUUGGACUCCACCUGUCCCCUCCCCAAAGCAUGCCCCGCAAGGAACGAGAAGUGCGUAAGCGUUUAUGGUGGGCGCUGUACAAUUUAGAUAGCAAACUUGGAAUGAAGCUGGGUCGACCGUUUCUGCUCUACCAAACCAGUACCACGCCUACUUUGCCAGAUGAUGACAUUGAAGCUGCGAUGCUUUCCGGUUCUAGCUUUGCGCCUCUGGGAAACAACGCUACUUGGCUAAGUUUCAACCUACAAAACAUGACCAUGUUUCUUGCAGCUAGGGACGCCCAUACUGCAUUCUAUAACAGAGAUCUGAACCUAAAGGAAGGCCAGACUCUAUGGGAUGACUUUAAUAAUCUGGAAGGCCAAGCUGUAUCUGUCUAUCCGUUUGUGAAAAAGCUCGAGAAUUGGACGAACGGCGUCCCCAGCCCCCUCAUGACAAAGCGCAAGGAUGGCAGCAGCCCAUUUUCCACGGGCGGCACAGAACUGGAAAUCGAACAAUACGCGCCCCUGUGGCUUCAAAGGCAGCGGGUAGUUCUUGAGCUAAUGUACCACAAUCUGAGUGCCAAUGUCUGUCGUCCUUUUAUUUCAUUCUCGCUCACUCCUCCAUUGACCGUCGCGGAAGAAUUGGCGUUCAAAUGCGCUGGUCAUGCCAUAGCUCUGACAAGCAUCACGCAUCAAGUUCUCGCUUCGACGACUAUCUUGUCCGGUUGGCACGAGGCAUUCCAAUGGCAGUGGAAUAGUGCCAUGACUCUCGUCGGCUUUGUGCUCGCUUACCCGCAAAGCUCAAUGACAGUUGCAGCCAGAGAUGCUAUCUCAUUAUCAGUUUCUGUUUUCGACAUUUUCGGACACAGCUUUGCAGUAGCUAAUAGCGCAGCCACCAUUGUGCGGAAUCUGAUCACGAAGAUAGACUUCCUUGCCAAACGCGCCUGGCAAAGACAGUCUGUAGUGGAAGGUCACGGAAGAACAAGCGAUCAAGCUCCGGUUUAUUCAAACACCACGUACUCAAAACCUAGGACAGAUAUGGAUGAUAACAUGUUUCAGCCGUCAGACGGCAUCCUAGACUUUGGGGACAUGAACCUCGAGUCGAUGCAAGAUAUGUUUCAUAUGGCUUUCGAUAUCGAUCAGUGGAGUGACCUCAAUGGCUUAUGGUCCCAGACAAGCAAAGUUUAG